AUGGGUGACGUCUCGCUUCCCGGACUGGAGAUGAUGGCUGAGACGUGGGAGAACGGCAGCUUGGCCAGCCCCUCGCCCGGCCUCCCUCUGUUUAUGUUCAUGUUCAACGACAGCGAUCUGAACGAGACGCUGUUCAACUCCACCAACUCCACCGUCCCAGAUGUCUCCUCAGGUCCCAGCGUGGCAGGGAUCCUCAUCCCACUCAUAUACAUCAUUGUUUGCAUCAUCGGCCUGGGCGGAAACACUCUGGUGAUUCACAUUGUUUUGCACUACUCCAAGAUAGAGUCGGUGACAAACAUCUACAUCCUGAACUUAGCCAUCGCCGACGAGCUCUUCAUGCUCGGCCUGCCCUUCCUGGCCGUUCAGAACACCCUCCAGUCGUGGCCAUUUGGCUCCUUCAUGUGCCGCCUGGUCAUGGCUGUCGACUCCAUCAACCAGUUCACCAGCAUCUUCUGCCUGACAGUGAUGAGCAUCGACCGCUACCUCGCCGUGGUCCACCCCAUUCGGUCGUCAAAGUGGCGACGGCCUCAGGUGGCCAAAGUGGUGAACGGCACAGUGUGGGCACUGUCGUUUCUCGUUGUUCUGCCGGUGGUCAUCUUUGCAAACAUCCAGAAGCCAGGAGGCACCUGUAACAUCGCCUGGCCUCAGCCGGCAAACAUCUGGAGCGCUGCUUUCAUCAUUUACACCUCCACUGUUGGAUUCUUCUGCCCUCUUCUCAUCAUCUGCCUGUGCUACCUGCUCAUUGUCUUCAAGAUCCGUAGCUCGGGUAAAAAAGUCCACGCCACUUCGACCAAGCGGAGGAAGUCGGAGCGGAAAGUGACGCGCAUGGUUGUGAUAGUUGUUGCGGUGUUUGUCUUCUGCUGGCUGCCUUUCUACGCCCUCAACAUCAUCAACCUGCUGGUGUCCCUCCCCGAAGAGUACCAAGGCCUUUACUACUUUGUCGUGGUGCUUGGCUACGCUAACAGCUGCGCAAACCCCAUCGUCUACGGUUUCCUGUCAGACAACUUCAAGAGGGGUUUCCGGAAAGCCCUCUGCCGCUCCACAAGGAAGGUGGAGAACCACGAACCCAUGGAGCACCAGCAGCAACAAGAUGAGGGGAGGAGGGCGCUGAUGCCCAGGGAGAGCCUGAGACGAGCCAUCAGGGACGAAGAGGACGACGACGAUGAAGAUGUCUCAGAAAUGACUGAGGUCUACAGAAUUGCACAGAACGGAAAUGGCAGCUUCCAGGCGAAGAGCCUACAGCCACUGUUCUCAGAGAAAGGAGCGACGCCUGGAGCGACGGAGCUGUCUUCCCCAGACAAGAGGGACAACACUGGGGACGUGAAGGGGAAAGAUCUCGCCAACGGGUCCUCGCUGACUGUCCCUCUGCUGCUCAACGGAGCCAAAAAUGGAAGCAUUAAGACUCUGCCGGAAGACAACACAGAACAGAGCACCUCGUUGGAGAUAAGUUAUUUAUAG